UCUCUUUCCUCUUCUCCAAGUUACUACCAGCAGGGAGGAAUCCUGCAUCGAGCAAGCCACCAACACAAUGGGACCACCUAUCGUAUACUCCGAGUCCGCGUCGCCUGAAACUGAACCAAACGAGCAAAUUCUCGCUGACCUGGCUGAUGAUGAGGAUGCAGAGUCGAUUUCUGGUGAUCUGUCGACGGUGUCCAUAACGAGCAGUAUUCUUGAGUACCGGAAACACUAUGGGAGGACGUAUGAGAAUAUUCAGUCGACGGAGUAUUGGGCGCCUAAUGAUGCGCAGCAGAACCACGGUCUGGAUCUCACACAUGUGGGAUUGUUCUUCACUCUCGAUGAGAAAUUGUUUCUUGCGCCUAUAAAAGAACCGAAACGUGUGUUGGAUAUCGGCACGGGGACGGGGAUUUGGGCGAUUGACUUUGGAGAUGAGUACCCAGAGGCUGAAGUCACGGGCACAGACCUAAGUCCCAUCCAACCAGUCGUGGUCCCUCCAAACGUCAAGUUCGUCAUUGAAGAUUGUCUGCUCGACUGGACGUGGCCUGAAGAUCACUUCGACUUUAUCCACCUCCGCGCCAUGUAUGGCAGUGUUCCCGACUGGGUUGAUCUGUACAACAAAGCGUAUACACACCUCGCACCAGGAGGCUGGAUCCAAGAUCUAGAAAUGGACGUCAAGCUCCAAUCAGAUCACGUCAAGUUACCCCCCGACCACGUCUUUAACGUCUGGGCAGAUGCAUUCUACACCGCCGGUGAGAAAAUGGGCCGUCCAUUCGACAUCUGCAAAGGGCACACGAUGCGCGAUAAUCUCAAAGCAGCUGGAUUCGUCGACAUUGUGGAAAAGAAGAUAAAAGCGCCUAUGCACUUGUGGCCCAGCGAUGAGAGACCAAAACGAGCAGGAGAACUGUUCCUGGAGGCUCUGGAGCAGAGUAUUGAGGGGUAUGCGAAUUUGCUGCUCAUGGAUCUGCUGGGGUGGUAUAGAGAGGAGGUUCAAGUGUUGCUGGGGUUGUUUCGUAGGGAGAUGAAGGAUAAGGGUAACUGUGCUUGGGUUGAGACGACUGUUGUGUAUGGACGGAAACCUUUUGGUCAUGAGACGACGACGAACUAGACGCUCGCAAGACCAGGAUUGGAGAUAUCUGCUUUGGCACACGAUCCAUGGACAAGAUUUGCCAGCAUCAGAGAGACAAGUCUCCCUGUAAGUCCACCGAAAGAGGACAAGAGUAGACCACGCUCCGUAGUCCAACUUGGGGCUGCUUGGAGUACUGCUGGAUAUCAGUCCAACGCCCGUAUUCAGCCUCAUCCGCGCCUCAAACCACGAACAAAGCCUCGUCCAUAUUCCCGUCAAAGUUAAGAUCUACCCAAUUCCCGUCAAUCAAAACCUCUAAACCUCUUUUGCAAUCGACAGAUGGGUGGCUCCUCACUUCCCGUCAACCAUCCGUCCCACCAUGCCAAAAGCAGCCGUCUCAUAUCAAGCCUCAUCUAGAUCAACUGAUUGACAGGUCACUUCCUGCCGAGACAACCGAGAUCUAUGAUUCAAUUUUAAACUAUGGCGGCCGAACACGAAAUGCCUGAAACGAUCAUAAGUGCAGGGAAUAUGAAGGGGCAAGGAAUGCUGGCUGUCUCAGGGAGAAAGCCUAUCGGGGCUGGGUGGGAACUAAUCCGGUAGUGAGGUUUUGAAGAUCUGCGAUUUGGUAUGGUGACGGGGAUGUGAAAAGACGGUUAUCUGCCACUGGCAGUGAGGGAUUAAAGGACUUGGCAGAGGAUAGAGUGGAAGAGAGAUGCUUUCGGAUGGAUUUGGUGACGCUGCGAUCAAUAUCUUGAGCAGAGUUUCUAAAGAAAUAAGGAUUCAGAUACAGUAGACACUCGCGCGUACAUUACUUAUGAAUACUGAAUGCUCGUUCAUACUCUCCUGU